AGAGAAAGGAGGGGGCACAUUUUCGUUCUCUUUCAUCGAAGCCCGAAAAUUUCAUGCUUGCAAAGAAAACUGGGAGAGAAAGAGAGAGGGCUCCAACAAAGAAAAUCAAGCUUUAAAUGCGAGUUGGUUGAUGUGCUCUCUCUUUUCUUCUCUUAACCACUAAGCAUCCAUAACCCUGUGCUCUUCUAUAUAGUCUUCUUUGUUCUCUAAUACCUGCAUCUGUAGAUUUCAUUGAAAGAAAGUGAAGAAGGAAUGGAAUUUCAUGAAUACCCAUCACGUUUAUCUUGGUCUUCACCUUCUUUGUUUGGAGAUUUCAUUGAAAAGAUUAAAGAUUUUUGCAGUUUCACCCUUUCUGCCAUUAUUGGCAACAUUUUCUCUGCGAUCUUAACCUUCUUCUUUGCAUUAGUGGGCACCCUCUUAGGGGCCAUGACUGGUGCUUUGAUAGGACAAGAGACCGAGAGUGGAUUCGUUCGAGGUGCUGCUGUUGGGGCUAUUUCUGGAGCAGUUUUUUCUAUCGAAGUUUUCGAAUCAUCUCUUGUUCUCUGGCAAUCCGAUGAAUCCGGGAUCAGAUGUUUGCUUUAUUUGAUUGAUGUCAUUGCAAGCCUUCUAACCGGGAGACUUGUCCGGGAACGAAUCGGUCCGGCAAUGCUGAGUGCGGUCCAAAGUCAGAUGGGAGCUGCUGAAACAUCUUUCGAGGAAGUACAGAACAUCUUCGACACUGGUGGUGUUAAAGGUUUGGCCGGAGAUUUGGUGGAAAAAAUCCCAAAGAUCAUAAUCACCAAAAAUAACAUAGUCGAUGCUUCUGGGGAGAAAGUUUCCUGCACAGUUUGCCUUCAGGACUUUCAGCUUGGAGAAACGGUUCGGAGCUUGCCGCAGUGCCAUCACAUGUUCCACCUUCCUUGCAUAGAUAAGUGGCUUCUUAGUCAUGCUUCUUGUCCUUUAUGCAGAAGGGAUCUGUAACGACAUUUUUUGUAAAUUAUACGAUUAGAUGAGUUCUUUAUGUUCUUAUUUAUUCAUCAAAUCAAUGCUUGCCUGUUCUGCCAAUCUAAGAUCGUAC